UCUUCAUUCUUGCUCCUUUUCACGAUAGAAGUUUAAACCCUAGAGAGAACCUGCGCAGCUGCUGUCUCAACCCACCGUCGUGCUGCUGCUUUUGCCACCUGUCGUCGCGCCGCCGGCCACCGCUGCAGUUGCCUCACCCUCCGUCGCUGCUGCAGGUUUUGCGAUUCUCUGUCAGUUCUAGUUGUUUCACUUCAGAAUCCAAAAUGUCCGGGGCUGGUGGUUAAGAUGCUUCAAGCAACACUGUUGUUGGCCUGCUAACACUAGAGAAGAAAGAAUGCCCCUGGAAAAAGGACUGAUCCUGGGUGGAAACAUAGGAUUGAUAUUUUAGGCAAUGGAAAAAAGGUUAAAUGUACCUAUUGCGCAAAAGAAUUUUCAGGGACUUACAGGUUCAAGCAUCAUCUUGUUGGUACAAGCAUUGAUUCAGAACCAUGUACUACUGUGCCUGAAAAUGUAAGGGACUCUAUAAGGAAAAUUGUUGUGGAGGUUCAAAUUGCAUCAACGAAAAAGAGAAAUUUGAUUGAUAUUGAGGAAGACUAUUAACAAGUGGAGGUUGUUGAAACUCAAAUUCAGAGAAAGGGCAAAAACAUUUUCAACAUGCCAUCAAAGUCAAAAGCAAGAGUGGUGGAAGUGGAGCGGUGCAACAAACAUUGAAUAAUUAGGUGAAAAAGGACUUGAAGUCGGUGGUUGAUGAUGACAUUGCUGAAUUUUUCUACACCAGUGCUAUUCCUUUUAAUUGCAUUAAAAAUCCUGCUUUUGCAAAGAUGUUGGAGUCUGUUGCAAAAUAUGGAGUUGGCUUCAAGCCACCCUCUUAUCAUGACCUUAAAGAAAAACUUUUGAAGCGAGCAGUAAGUCGAACUGAUGCAAUGCUUGAAUCAUUUAAGGAGGAGUGGAGAAGGACAGGUUGCACAAUCAUACUUGACUUUAUCUUGCAAACAUCAGUGCAGAACUUGUUUAGGUCAGAUGACUAGAAGUCAAGUAAGUUUUCUACUAUGGCAAAGGGGAAAAGGGUGCAAAGUAUAGCUUUGGACCAUCGGUUUUGGAAGAACAUAAUCACAUGUCUCAAGGCUGCUGGUCCUGUGAUAGGAGUUCUUCGUAGGGUGGAUUCUGAUGAAAGCCCUGCAAUGAGUUUCAUAUAUAAUGCGAUGGACGGCGCUAAGGAAAAGAUAAAAAAGAACUUCAAGAAUAUUAAGAAGAGUUAUGAGCCUGUAUGGAACAUCAUAGAUCAGAGGUGGUAUAAACAACUUCAUAGGCCCUUGCACGCAACUGCAUAUUACCUCAAUCCUCAAUUACAUUGGGAGCCUAAUUUCAAAAAAGAUGAUCUUGAUGUCAAACAAGGGCUAUACAAUUGUAUAGGAAGCAUGGUGAGCUCUCACAGUGAGAGGAAUAAGAUUCAUGCUCAAGUUAAGGACUUUCAUUAUAUGAAAGACAUGUUUGGACUAGGUGCUGCACAAGAUGCUAAGAAGACUACACCUCCAGCAGAAUGGUGGGACUUUUAUGGAGAUCAAUGCCCCCUGAACUAAAGAAGCUUGCUAUUCAGAUUCUAAGCUUGACUUGUAGCUCUUCCGGAUGUGAGCACAAUUGGAGCUCAUUUGAAAUGGUUCAUACAAAAAAAAGGAAUAGAUUGCACCAACAGAAGAUGAAUGACUUAGUUUAUGUCAUGCACAACUUGAAGUUGAAGCGUAAAGGAACAAAGAGGAAAGUGUUUAUCCCUCUUGAGGAUAUUGAAUCUGAUAAUGAAUGGAUAACAAAUGUUGGAGAUGUAGAAGGAGAAAGAAACAAUGUUAAUGUCUAUGAAGAUGAUGAUGUACAACAUGUUGAUGAUGAUUUGGUUGCAAGCUCAAGUAAUCCACCUACCCUUGAUGAUGAUUACAUUCAAGAAACAUUUUCAUCUGAGGAAGAGGAGAACAUGGAUGAUGAUGAAGGAGAGUCUGAAGAUGAUGACAUGGAAGAUGUUUGAUCAUUUGAAGUUUAAAGAUUAUGAAUUAUGCACUAUUGAUUUUUAUUUUUAGCUCUCUUUAAGACUUUGUUAUGAAUUACGUACUCUUGGAGGUACUUUGGUUGUUUACAUGCUUUGUUGAACUUUGAUGCACUCUUGGUUGUUUAUGUGUUAUGUUGAACUUUGCUUUAUUAUGAAGUUGAAUGUUGAAUUUAUUUAGUUAAUUUCUC